GCUAUCUGACCACUUCCCGCUCUGUCUCAAAUGGCUGUCCCAUUCUCCGUUAUUCUUUUCCUCUUCGCCAACUUCACCUUUCUUCCACUAUUCUUUUCUUCUCCAUCUCACCUACACUUACACCUUCAAUUCCAAACCCACCAUUCUUCACCUCCCAUGGCGCCCCUGAACCCCUUCUUCUCUCUCCUCCUCUUCUUCUCCAUCUUCUUCUCUCUUUCCUCUCCUCAACCCCCCACAAGCUACCUGAUUGACUGCGGCUCGACGGUGAGCAGAGUGAUCAGCGGCCGGAAAUGGUUGCCGGACGGCGAUUUCAUCGCCGCCGGGGCGCCCAAGAACCUCUCUUUAUCGGUUCUGGACCCUACCCUCUCCACGGUGCGCACUUUCCCGGUUGGGAACAAUAGUUUCAGGAAAUUCUGCUACGUCGUGCCGGUUUUCCGGGGCCGGAAGUAUAUGGUCCGGACGACGUACUUUUACGGCGGGGUCAACGGGGAUGCGAAUCCUAAUCCGCCGGUGUUUGACCAGAUUGUGGCGGGGACGCCGUGGGCGGUCGUGAACACGACGGAGGAUUAUUUGAACGGAUUGUCGACGUACUAUGAAGGCGUGUUUCCGGCGGCCGGGAAGAGUAUGAGCGUGUGUCUGGGAGCUAAUAAAUAUACGGAUUCCGACCCGUUUAUAUCGGCGUUGGAGGUGGUAUUGUUGCCGGAAUCAGUGUAUAACUCCACCGAUUUCAGCAAGUAUGGGCUUAGUUUGAUUGCCAGGCACAGGUUUGGUCACACUGGACCAAUCAUUCGAUAUCCUGCUGAUCAAUUUGACCGGUUCUGGGCGCCAUUUGGAGACCAUUCUCCUGCACUGAACUCCACCAAGGUGUCUGUUUCUGGCAUCUGGAAUCAACCCCCCAUUGAUGUAUUCCAGACAGGCUUGACAGCCAAUGAAUCUGAGCCUAUGGAGUUACUCUGGCCUCCAUAUCCUCUCCCCAGCUCGAUAUAUUAUGUCGCCCUUUACUUUGCCAAUGACCGGGAUUCGCCUUCAGGGAGGAGAGCUUUCGACAUAAGCUUAAAUGGCGUCGUGUUCUACCAUAACCUUAGUGUGACAGCAGCUGGUGUGAUGGUCUUUGCAGAUCAAUGGCCUCUUUCUGGGAUCACAAAUGUGACAUUGACCCGCGCUCCAGGCUCAACCGUUGCUCCUCUUAUCAAUGCAGGGGAGGUUUUUCGAGUGCUGCCCCUCGGGGGCAAAACUCACACUAGAGAUGUGAUAGCUUUGGAGAAAUUGAAGGCGGGAUUCGAGAAUCCUCCUCUUGAUUGGAAUGGCGAUCCCUGCCUACCGCCACAGUACUCAUGGACCGGGGUUGUUUGCUCUGGAAGAACCAGAAUUCGUGUUACAAAACUAAACCUCACGGGUAUGGGCCUUUCGGGAAUGCUUUCAUCAAGCAUUGCCAAUUUGACAGCAUUGACUGGCAUUUGGCUCGGGAACAAUGAUCUGUCUGGAUCUAUCCCGGAUCUAUCUUCAUUAAAGAGAUUGGAAAUCUUACAUUUGGAAGACAAUCAAAUUGGUGGGGAGAUCGCCCCGUCACUUGGGAGCAUCAAAAGCCUUCGCGAACUCUUCUUGCAAAACAACAAUCUGACAGGCCAAAUACCAGGCAGCAUUCUUGGGAGACCUGGGAUAAAUCUAAGGACUACUCCUGGGAAUCCAUUUUUGUCUGGACCACCAGCAUGAAGAUCUGUGCUAAUCUGAUAGAUUCUCAAUUAACUAUGUGCAUAGUAUUCAAUUAAUUCUUGGGUUUUUUUUUUUUUUUUUUUUU